AUGGUAAAACUUGGGGAUUUACCGAAUGAGCUCGUUUUCAGCAUUGUAAGCUGUCUUGGUCAGCCAGAACUCAACGCCCUUGCCCAGACAUGCCGCUCCAUGUACAACAAUGCCAAUGGCAGCCUAUACCAAUUCAACAGGACGAAGAGGAGAAGCUCGGCAGCAAAAUGGGCUGCUGAGAACGGUUCGAUAGCAACUUUGAAACACUGUGCUUCUGCUGGUGUCAAUAUCGCCGACUCGUCGCUGGAACUACUUCACGCCGCGGCUAUGAAUAAGCGGACAGAGAUGGUCCAAUACUUGUUGACGUUGGAUGGUAUCGAUGCUGCCUACAAAGACGAUUCUGACUGGACGCCCAUGUUUUAUGCCUGUCGAAGUAAUGCGGUAGGCGUCGUUGAGACCCUUUUGCAGCACGGUGUCGAUGGUGCCUCUCCUGGUCUCGAGGGCUGGGCCCCCCUCAGCAUUGCGGCGAGCUUCAAUUCCUGCGAUGUUGCCCGGGCUCUGAUUGCACACGGUAUACCUCUGAACACACAGAGUCAAAACGGCUCGACUGCGCUCAAGGCAGCGUCGAGGGGAUGCUACACGGCUGUCGCUCAAGUUUUGCUCGAGGCUGGUGCGGAUCCUGAUAUCCCUGCCUUUGGCGGCUGGGUGCCUCUGCACUCGGCUGCCAAAUACGGCAACCUUGUACUUACUGAACUGCUUAUCAAAUACGGUGCCAACAUUGAAACUCGACAAGAGCGCGGCUACAGUGCUCUUGCUCUUGCGAUCGAGGCCGAGUCGAUGCCAGUGAUUCGAUGCCUCCUUGCGCAUGGUGCUAACGUGAACACCAUCACUAACGCUGGCUGGUCACCACUAUGUCUUGCCGCUGAUAUUGGUAAUGAAGAGGUUGUAACAGCACUUUUGGAAUACGGAGCAGAUCAUACAUUCGCUAUCUCGAACGAGUGGUCAGCCCUCAACCUUGCAACCUACAAUGGGAAUAUAAGCAUUAUUGAUGUGCUUCUGGCGCACGGUGCACUGCCCGAUGGUUGUCAAGAUGUGGGAAGAAACACGAUUGUCAACGCUAUUGAUAAAGGUCACCUGGAUGUCGCGAAGAAAUUGUUGCGUUGUGGUGCGCGUGUCGAUGUCAGAACUGAACGGGGAGAGACACCUCUGAUGAGAGCCGUUCGGAUACACAAGACGGAUUUUGUGCACCUGCUUCUGGAGCAUGGCGCCAAUGCCAAUACUCAAAACGUCAUCGGAUGGACACCGCUCAUCACCGCCGCGCACGAAGGCCACCAUAAAGCCAUUGAGCCACUGCUCAAAGCUUCAAGCGGCAACCUCAACUAUUCCGAUACAGACGACCGCACUGCCCUUAUUCACGCCUGCAUGCGUGGCAACCGCGAUGUCGUCGAUACGCUCGUACAGAAUUAUCCCGUCAACUUGGCCUGCCGCGAUACCUGGGGCUCGACUGCUUUGUCGAUGGCUGUGCGCAAUGGACGAACGGAAAUAGCGCGUGCGCUCCUGAUGCGUCUUGAGCCAGAGGAGGUUCACAAGGACGUGGAUAACCUCGGCCGCUCCAUCUACCUGUGGGCUACACGCAGCGGAGACAUGGAAAUGCUAGGAAUCUUGCAGGAUUACUGCAACACACACGGCCUGGUGCCGACUACAGACCUGUCGUCUGUCGACGUUGAUGCGGCGUCUUUUGCCGAAAUUAACUGCUGGUGCGAUGUUUGCGGGCAAUGUAGCAUCCACGACCGCGACACCAAAGCUUGCAUGGUCUGUGAUGAGGGCGAAUUCUUGAUCUGUGCCUACUGUCGUGACAUGGGAGCUGGUUGUCGAGGCAAGGAGCACAUGUGGCAGUCUUUUAGCUGUCAAGCGGAUUAG